UUGUCCUAUUAUCAGCCACCACUUCUUUGAGCCCAAUCUCUUCCUCUUUUUCUUUCUGCCUCACCGGAAGAAGCCAUUGACUCUCCUUUCCUCUUUUAACUCUUUCUGCCUCGCCAGUCGCCGGAAGUUGCAAAACGUCUCUGCCUCGCCGGAAAAUUUAAAAAAAAAAGAUAAGUUCGACGCUUCCUUGGAAUCGCGGCCACUGCGAUGUGCAAUUGAAACAAAGUUCAUUCUAAUUAAACCUGCCAUGCAAAUUAAUUCAGUCAGACUUUGGUGUUCUAUCUCAUUACGAUUUGAGUCGUCUAAUUAUUAUUUUUUUCUUUGUUAGUUUUCAGGUUUGGUAAUUGAUUCGUUGAAGCGUUAAAAAUGGCAUUUUGUGUUCCUCUCUCAUUCAACAAUCCCAAACCAGUUUCAAUUUCUUGUUCAUCUAUCAAACUUGUGCGUGACCGUUCACUCGACAGGCAUGUUGCCAUGAAGAACAAAACUAGGUUUGUUCAAAAGUUAAAAACUCUACUUCUCUCUAAACCUAAACACUAUAUUCCACUUCACAUUUUGUCAAAAUGCCGCUCUUAUCUUUGUCUUUCUAAGCCUCGUUCCAUACUUUCCAUGAUUCAUCGUUAUCCAUCCAUAUUUGAACUCUUCAAUAUGCCAUGGCCACCCACGCCACUCAAUGCAACCAAGUUGCAUCCCCAACUCUGUGUUCGAUUAACUCCAGCUGCAGCUGCCCUUGCUUCUGAGGAAUUUAAUCUUCAAUCUUCCGUUUCCAACAUGUUGGCAACCAAACUCCAAAAGCUUCUUAUGCUAUCUUCGCACCACCGGUUGCUUCUGUCGAAAUUGGUUCACUUUGCCCCUGAUCUUGGUCUCCCUCCGAAUUUUCGAUCCCGGUUGUGCAACGACCAUCCGGACAGGUUCAAGAUUGUUGACACGUCCUAUGGCCGCACACUUGAGCUUGCAUCUUGGGAUGUCAACUUGGCAAAGCCUUUGGUGCCUCCUGCAUCAUCAUCCAAUUCUCUUGGUUUCAUAGUUGACCGUCCUUUGAAGUUCAAGCAAUUGAGCCUUCAAAAGGGGCUUAAUUUGAAGAGACGUCACCAGGAUUUCUUGCUGAAAUUUGAAGAAAUGCCACAAGUGUGCCCCUAUAGGAAUCCUGCUGAGUCUUUGACCAAGGAGUCAUUGGAGGCAGAGAAGAGAUCUUGUGCACUAGUAAGGGAGGUUCUUGCAAUGACGGUUGAGAAGCGGACUUUAAUAGACCACUUGACCCAUUUCAGAAAGGAGUUUGGCCUCCCUAACAAGCUGAGAGGGAUGAUUAUAAGGCACCCAGAAUUAUUUUAUGUGAGUUUGAAAGGGGAACGGGACUCAGUUUUCUUGGUGGAGGGGUUUGGUGAGAAGGGUGACUUAUUGGAGAAGGAUGGGGCUUUAUUCAUACAAGAUAGAUGGAUGGAUUUGGCAAGGGAAUCCAAGAGAAUGAGACGAGAGAGAAGGAAGAAUAGGAUUGACAAAGAUGUUGGCAGCUUGAAUGGUACUGAUCAAAAUAGUUAUGACAGUGAUGAUGAUAAUAUUGAGAUGGACAAUUUUAAAGAUGGUUAUGAUGAUGGUUUUGAGGAUAUUUUUGAAGAGUUGGAUUUUGAGGCUGAGGAUGAUGAUCAUAGAAACGGGUUUUUUUCCCAAAACAGCAAUGGAGAAUUUUGGAUUGCAGGACCUUUUCCUAUUCAACAUGGUUUGGAUGAAGUGCAGACGCAACCUUGGUAGUUUUCAAUUUGAAGAACAAACAUUUCCCUACACAAGUAAAGCGAUGCAACUUUCUAGUGGUAAAUGGUAGUUCCACACUGCAUGUACCAUACCAUAAUGAUGGUGAUACUGUUUUAUGCUUGACUAUUAAUGUCUGUAGUAGUUGAAAGAUCAUUCAAUGUAAAGAUUAUGUGGAUAAGACUUAAGCACCAAUUGAUACAUAUUAGGGCACAAAGGACUAAAAUAGAUUUUAUAAGGACUGCAACCUCCAUAGUAGAAUAAUAGAGAAAAAGGAAGGAAUUCAGAGACUGUA